AACCCGGAAGAAGAAGACCAAGGAGGAGGAGGAAUCCAUGGCCGAUUUCUCCCACCUUUCCGACACCGACGACUCCGCCGUCGAAGACCUCGUUUCCCAGGCCAAGGACCUCUGCGUCCUCGAGCAGGUCGCCGCCAUCAACUGCUCCUCCUUCGCCGCCGACGACUCCAUCUUGCCCUCCGACCUCGAGUCCCGCUUCCGCAAGCUCAAGUCCUUCCCUGUCUCCAAACCCCAGACCGCGCUCCAGAGCUCGAGCUACCGCAAGACGGAGCCGGCGCUUGACGAGGAGGCUCGGCCUAAACCGGGCGCGAAGCCGGAGGAUCCGCGGGGAAAUGGGCGCCGCGACUCGUCGGGUUCCGAUUCGUGGAAUUCGUCCGCGGAGGACGCGAUUUUCUCGCCGCCGAAGGGGAACCCGGAAGAGAAAUCGCCUCGGGAUUCCGCCACAACGCACGAUCCAGUGUAUUCACCGACGUAUCAUUACGAUUCCCGGAAGAAGUCGAAGUCGCCAUCGCCAUCGCCCCCGAGAAAGGGCGGCUGCUUCUGGUGCUCGCCAAAGAAGCCGACGCCGAGGAAGCGGGACGAAUCUAGGGCUAUCGAGAAGGCGAUGAGCAGGAGCUUUAAAUGGAUGGAGGAGGACGAGGUAUUGUCGGAUUUGGGGGGCUUCUCCGUGAAAGAGCAGCAGAAGUUGCUGAAGAAGGCAAUGAAGGAGGAAGAGAGGAUAACCCGUGAGGCGGAGAAGAUCGCGAGGAUGGCGAGGCAAGCGUCAGCAAGGAUGAUGACCACUUCAAGCGACGAUGAUUGAAUGAAGAUCUCGUGUAGUUUUGGCCAAACUUGGGUGAAUGCAUAAAUGCAAUCUUGAUGCGGUAUACGUGAAGGGCCAUAGGAGUAAUGCAAUGUUGUGCGCUGGACAGGGUUUUCCAUGUUUUGCUUGAGUUCUGCUUGUGAAAUUGCUAAUGCAAUACAAAGAUAAAGUCUUUUCUUGUUAAACUUGUAAAGAAGUCUCUUUUCUUA